UAUCAAAUGGUCUUCGUGUCUAACGUGGUUGAUGAAAAAUAUAGAUAUAACGUUCAAGUAUGGUACUCCCCUCAAAAGUCUCCGACCCAAUUGUAAUAAACAAUGUUUUUUUGGGGUAAAAUAUAAUAAAUAAUGCCGAAACAAAAUAAACACUAUAACCAAUUAUAUGUACUACAAAAAAAAUAAAAAAUAAAGACCUCACUAAUAAUAAUUACAACGACUGCAAAAUAAUUACAAUAAAAAAUAUGCAAUAAUAAAUAAAGAGCUAGAUUAAUCCAAGUACAAGGACGACAAGUGGUAGACUAAAAACUUGCUAAUAUAAAACAAGGACAGGCCAAGAGAAUCAAACAUCGUUUCACUUGAGUUUCUCUCUGCCAUUGUAAGUGAGAUUAAUGAAAGCAGGACUGCAGAGGCUCAAAAGCAUAGAUCAAAUCAAACUUCGAUUAUCAUCUGUUUAAAUUUCUCCAACAAAUUGAGCUCAAACUUUAAACCUUAUAUAGCCAUAUUUCGACUCAUUUGGAGUUAUAAAAGGAGUUCAUGACAACAGAGAACAAUACAAGUGACCACUCCGCGAUUGAAUCUGAGAAUGAUCAGGAGGAAGAACCUGUGCCGAUAGAAAAUGAUGAUACUAAUGAAAAUAGAGAUGAAGAUGAAUUGUUAUCAUCCUCGAUUCAAGAAAAGGUUAACCAGGCCUCGGAUCCAUUUUCAGUUCAUCGUUGCAUUUAUAGGAUCCCUGCUGUACUACGUAAGCAUAAUGAAAAAGCCUUCGUUCCAAUUGUAGUUUCAAUUGGGCCCCUUCACCAUGGGAACGAAAACCUUCAAGCCAUGGAAGAAGUUAAGCUAUGGUACUUGCAAUGCCUCCUUGACCGAAAACCGACUCCCGAAACAGAUAUGGAGUCUCUUCUCAAAGCCAUUAGACCUAUACAACAAGCUUGUCAAGAGUGUUAUGAAGAAAAAAUUCAUAUCAGCAAUGACGAAUUUCUUGAAAUGAUGGUGAUUGAUGGUUGCUUCAUUAGCGAAUUCUUCCGCAGGUUUGCCAACGAGGUGACCGUCGACAACGAAGAUGGUCUCUUUUCUACAUCAUGGAUGCCUUUAGCAGUCAUAAAUGAUCUGCUUCUACUUGAAAACCAACUUCCUUGGAGAGUUCUUGAUUGUUUAUUUGAGCUUACAUGCGAAUCGGGAACGUCUUCCCUACUAGGGCUUAUUAACAGUACUUUUAAGGCCUACACUGGGGGGCUAUCUCCAAAGCCUAGUGGAACAGUAAAACACAGGCAUUUACUUGACUUCAUACGAAACUCUUUCCUUGGAUCGUACCCGGAAAGCGAGUCAGAUGAAAGCGCGAGAGAUUCAGACACAAUUCUCUCUGCAACAGAGCUUCGCAAAGUUGGGGUGAAAUUCAAACGUGGAAAUGAAGAUGAUACCAUGCUCAACAUAACUUUCGAAAACGGAGUAAUGAAAAUUCCACCAAUAAUAGUGUUUGAUGAGAAUAGGGAAUCUCUGUUCGGAAACCUCAUUGUUUAUGAACAAUGUCAGCCGCGCCUUGGAUAUCAAAUCACCUCUUAUGUGGUGCUCUUGGAUAACCUUAUCAAAUCAACCAAAGAUGUAGACUUUUUGGUUGAGAAGGGAAUCAUGGCAAAGAUUUGGAGCAGGAAGGAGAUGUUGGGUUUCUUCAAGAGGCUUUACAAUGACACUAGACUUUAUAAAUAUUUCUCUUACGAUGAACUCCAGACCGAAGUGAAUGCAUACUGUGCGGGUGGCUGGCGCAAAUGGAAACAGAUUCUCCGACGUGAUUAUUUAAAGAAUCCUUGCUCAAGCUCGUCUUGAUUCGCUCUCUCGCUCUUCAUUUCUUAAUGUCUUGCACAGUUGGAAAAUAUAUACUCAAUAUGAUGUUAUGUCUUAAUUGCAGUUUUUGUCCCUACUUAUUGUGUUUGCAUCUGUAACCUCAACAAUUUUUCUGUUCAAAAUAGUAUUUUCAAGUUUCUCA